UGAGGAACAGACGAGAUCUUGAAGGGAAGAUUGACGAUGGCUAAAGGUUCAGUCAGUCGAUUCACCACGACUGGACAGCUGCAAGCAGUCGUACCUUUUGCGUCACUGUCAGCGCUAGCGGAUGUCUUCCGUUCAUGCAAGCGACCUGUGAAACACUGCUUGAAUUGGCUGAUGGCAUGUCGCGGAAGCAAAUGUCCAAUUGAACUGCGGCUUUUACGUCACGAGUCCCCGACUCGGAAGCUCGUUUAACGUACGUUACUGAGGCCACGUCUUCACGACCACCAACCAAGUCCCCCAUGUCCAACAUUCUCCGCGUCUUUUCGAAACAUGCACGCUCAUUAAAACAGCCAUCUAACACCCGCAUUGUUGCACUAGAGCGUUCAUUUCACUCCCCCUUUGUGGUGCUCAACUCUUCGGCUUCGAACUCAUCGCCAGUGUCGGCGUCACAGUACGAAAAACAACAUGAUCACUCUCCUGAACCACAAAUAUCAUCAGCUGGCACGCGCACUUAUGUGGUAUCAGAGCCUGAUCCUGCCGAUACCCCUUAUGCGGUGCCAUCAGGCGCAUAUCCCACUACAACGCCUUACAUCAACCUCAAACCCACAGACGCCCCCAAGUCUGAGGGUAAAUAUAGUGCAGGCAGCGCGAGCAUUCCCCAUUCUUUUACAACUCGUGCUAUUCCAAGAAGUAAAAACAGCGUUGAUGAAAGUACCUCAGUGAGAUAUGGAGAGGCACCCAGAGAAGAAGGCCAGGCUUGAUGAAUGAUACGAGGGCGCCGCAGAACUUCGCGACAGAAACCCAUCCUUGAUUCGGAUGUAGUCCUGCGUUGGUCCAAACUAGGCGUAGAGGGUGCGGAAAUAGCUUGUGGGGUCUUGUGGAGGUGUGCGGAGGAAUGUCGCCAUUAUGCCAGUCAGGCGGUGACCGCGGUCGACUGACACGUAUCCAACCGCGUUGAUUGUAAUAAGUUUGAUGCUGUACAAUAGUGCUAUGAUUCUGCUGCUUUGCUGUCUUGUGGUCGUAUAUUAUUUAUUUCUCUUGCGCUGACAUCGGGCUGCGGAAUAUGAAUAGCUACCUUGAAGAUAAUCAAAGUCUGCUGUCAUAUUUGAGUCAUACCUCG